AUUUUAAGUUGUAAUUCGAACAGAUUCAAAGUAUAACUCACUAUUUGUAACUAUUGAAUUGGAAAAUUAAAUAUAUUUUUUGUUUGGUACAAGUAGUAUGACUGUAAUUAAAAAGGAUGUGAUCUUCAGAACAAAAUGUAUCAUUGUGUUGACAUUGAUAUUUGAAAUACUUAUCGUGAGCUCACAUGAAUCACCUUCAUCGUCCAAAUCAUUGAAAAUAGCCGUCAUUGGAGCUGGACCAGCAGGUCUAACUAGUGCAAAAAACGCUCUCGAACAAGGCCAUAAUGUAGUGAUCUAUGAAAAAGGAGAGGCCAUUGGUGGAAUAUGGUUUUACACAGAUAAAACUGGAAAAGAUGAGUACGGUGUUGAUAUUCACACUGCAAUGUACCAAGGAGUCAGAACAAUCGUGCCUUAUCAAUUAAUGGAAUUUCCUGGACACACAUUUCCAAAUAGUACCCCCUCGUAUCCAUCACAUGAAGAUGUUUGGAAGUACUUGAACUCUUAUGCUGACCGAUUCAGUUUGAGAAAACAUAUAAAACUUCAUCAUUUGGUGGAGAAAGUGCAUUCGAUUGAAAACAAUAAAUGGAACAUAACUGUUAAAGUUUUGCCUAAUAAUGAUACUGAGUCUGUGAUUUAUGAUGCGGUUUUUGUUUGCAUUAAUAUUUAUUCUUCGCCAAAUUAUCCACAAAUUGAGAGAGCCCACGAAUUCAAAGGAAAUUUUUUGCACAGCCAUGAUUAUCGCAGAGCUGAAGUCUUUAGAGGUGCAGAUGUUCUAGUCAUUGGAAAUGGAGCCAGUGGAAACGAUAUUGUACUUCAACUAUCAAAGACUGCCAAUCGAGUAACGUGGAGCAGACAUAAGCUCAACAAACCAACAGAAGAUGAACGAAAAGAAUAUGGGAAAAAUGUCACAUUUCAAAAUAAUGUUAAAUUCUUAACAACAAAUGGAGCUGAGUUUUUGGAUGGCAUGCAGCAAAAUUUUACAGUUAUUAUAUAUGCUACAGGUUAUAACGCUUCGUUCUCAAUUUUGGAUGCCGACACUGGUAUUCACGUUCAUAACAAUUAUGUCCAACCACUUUAUAAGCAAAUUCUGAACAUAGAACAUCCAACAAUGGCUUUCAUCGGUCUAUUUGUGACAUUUAACCUGAUGGAUUUACAGGCACGUUUUGCGCUGAAAUUUAUUUUGGGGGCCAAGAAACUUCCAUCAAAAUCAGAAAUGUUGAAAGAUAUGCAAGAUUAUGCCGAAUCUCAACUAAAAAAGGGUCUUAAAGUCUAUCUAGUGUCCGCAGGCGAUCGCAAGGAGUACUAUGGGAAUUUGGCUCGAAUUGCAGAUAUUGCAAAAAUUUCGGAUGUUUACACAGAAAUUUUCAUCGAUUCACAGGAAAGUUGGCAAAAAGAUCCAUUUGGCUAUCGGAACGAUAAAUACACUAUAAUUGAUGAUGAAACAUUUAUAAAAGAAAGAGGAGCAAAUGGAAGUCUAAUGUCAUUUAUUCAAUUACACACAGUUAAGAGUCACAAAUUUACAUUCAUUCUUUGA